AUGAUGUUACUAACCGCAAGCUGUCUUGAACUGCAAGACCUCUUGGAAAUGUUGGAAAUGAUGGAUUUGAAAAAAUUCUUGGGUGGCAAUAUAGAAGUGGAUACCUGGCUUCCACUAUUUAAAUAUCCAUCGAUACUUGGACAAUUCAAACUUUCUUAUCCUUGCGACCUGAUAUGCGAUUCUUUUGAUGCAUUUGGUUCGAUGCCAUGCCGAUGGAGAAAUGAAUGGACAAUAUGUGGGUCUGGCGACGAGCUCGAUUGGGUGAGAGCUUGCGGGAAUUGGGGUGACGAACAAGCAAAGGAUAUCUUUUCGACGAAAAUUAGACCUGAGGGCCCUUUUCUUCUUGCUGGUACUCAGAAGAAAUUACCACCCGAUCACUCUGCAAUGUUAGUGAGCGAUCCUAUACAAUGUCAACAGGGUGAUGGGAAGCUGACAUUUAAUCACUGGACAAGUCCGAGGGUGAAAUUAAGAGUUUGUGUAAGACGGCCGGGCUCCGGUAAAAUCUAUGAAUGGUGUAGCAAUGAUAUUUGGAAAGGCGCACCUGGUCCUACUACUGUCAUCAUCCCAGGGAGCAUCAUGCAUAAUUUUGAGAUUGUUAUCGAAGCCUACAAUUUUGUUUUGAAUAACUUUGGCAAACAAGGUGGCAUGGCGGCUGUAGAUACCAUAACUUACGAGGCUAACCAAAUCUACAACUGCGAUUUUGUACCACAUUUUGAACCGCCAAUCCCAUUGGAGGAAGAAACGUGUAAAAAGUUGACAUGUGAUUUCGAUGCAACAAUUUGUGUGGAUUUUGAAGACGAAUUUCAAGACUUCAAGAUUGGUUAUUCGCAUGUUGGGACGCAUCAUUCUGGAGUAAGAAAACCCCUCCGUGGUGAUUUUGCUUACGCGCGAGGGCCAGCUUCAUCCAGCCUUGAGUUUACUGAUUUGAACAUCACUCGAACGGCUGCACUUGAAUUUUGCUAUUAUCGCUCGACCUUUUACCCGAAACUGGACGUGCUUUUGGGCUUGGACGAGGAGAACGAUACAACUUUGUUCACCUCUACCAAUUACACGAUACACUCCUGGCAAUGUGAACGAGUUUAUAUCGAACCGGGUGAAUAUCUUACGUUAGUUUUUCAAGUCUCUGAAAUGAGAAACAGCUACUCGAUCGUCGCGUUGGAUGAAAUCAAUUUGAUUGACCCAACCACGGGGCUGCCCUGCAAAGUAGAUGAGCGUCUAAAAAUGCCGAUCAGCUUAAAAGCGGAAGAUCCGGAGGAAAAUGAGGUGAUGGUGGUUGGCAGGGCCUUUGCACGCCGGCGAGUUUCCAGUAACCAACAGAAUGACAGAAAUGCCGAGCGACACGCCACGCAGCGACGCCGGCAGUUCAGUCGACAGGAUGCGGUAGCGAAGGCCGGGAAGAUUGUUGAGGAGCCGGCUGUUGAGAAAGCAAAUGAGCAAGCGAAGGUCCAUGCGGGCGUCCGCCGCUCUCUCGACUUCCCGACGGCCGUCAUCGAGGCUGCGAGAAGAGCCUCAGUUGCUCCAAAUCGGGCUACCACUAGCAAGGAGCCGUCGUCGUCAGCUUCGUCGCCGUUGCCAGAUGACUACGAUAGGAAGUAUCACCCGAAUAAGCGAAGGGUCGUCGACGUAUCAGAUGUGAAGACGUGUGCCUUGUUGAUGACCAAGAUGAAGGAGGAGAGCCGAAUUCCCGGGAGUCCACAGUACGGUUACACCUUUGCCAUAUUUGAUGUGUCGUAUUUUGCCUUUGGCUCC